UUUUUUUUGGAAACAAAAUGCCGAGUCUUUUAUAAGAAGCUUUCGCCCUUACUUUCGUUUUUAAAAUUUCUUCUAAGACGCUUUUCCCCAAAAGAGAUAAUUUCACUCGUAUGGUCUCCUCCCCAAAAAUUUAUAAACCUCCUUUUUCCCUCCAUAGAAACCCUAGAAGGGACAGAAGCUCUCUACUCUCUACCCCCUUCCUCUCGGGCUAACCCAAAUACUCACACAGAGAGAUGCCACGUGGUGGUAACUACUACAACUUCACGAAGAUCAGGGACACCAUUGAUUCCGUCGGCGCCAAGGUCAACGUAAUCGGCGUCGUCCUCGAGUGCAGCUUUCCUCGCCAAACCAGAGGCACCGGCCGGACUUACGGCUGCUUCCGGCAAGGUCGGUAGUAGAUUGAUGAGACUCUUAACGAAAAGAUUGGUUCGUUUCGGUGCGUAUAAUCGAUGAGACGCAUCAGGAUCCCGGGUUGUCGGUUAACAUUUUUACAGAUAGGAAUGAAUGUCCUCGCAUUUUAUCUGUUGGAGACAUAAUUCAGUUCCAACGCGUCAUGGUAAAGUAAAUGCUGUUUUUUGCAAGAAGUUCUCUACCUUUGCUAUUUAUUACGGAAGUGACAAUACAAAUUUAAGUCCUUAUCAUGCUUGCAAAACAUUUCGCGAGAGAGACCAUGACAAGAACUUUGUGAUAGACUUGAGAAGAUGGUUGAAGAAUUUCCAUUUUCACGAAGGUGCAAAUUAUUUCUCAUUCGUCAGAGAAAUGAAAGGAGGUGAAGAUUUUAAUUUGGUUUGUAAAAUAAUCCAUAUCCAUGAGGGUGCUGGAAAUGAAUGGAUGGCCUUUGUUUGGGAUGGAACCGAUGCUCCACCAGCAGAUAUUCUUCAAAAGCUAGAAGAUGAAAUGAAGCACCCACUUCCCCUACAUCUGGAACCAUUUCCUUUGCCAAGUGAUACCUUAUGCAGCAGCUUUCCUGCAGUUGGAACUGUCUUAAGAGUGAUAUCUCAGGACCUUGAGAAUGACAACCUUCGCCUGCUAAAAACUGGGGAGUGGGUGAAGCUUGUAAAUUUGCUAUGUGAAGUGCAUGCAGGAAUAUGGCGUUGUGUUCUGACACCCUUUACAAAGCUUCGAUAUACACCAAAAGAGGACCGUCUCAAACUUGAGCGGAAAAGGUUAUUUAACGAACGAUUAGCCCAAAGUCCAGAAAGUUUAAUGCAGAUGCCAUUUGGGGGCUUUCCCUUGCCUCAAGUCACAGAGGUUGAUGAUAGUGACAACGACCAUGCAAUAUUUCUUACCUUAAUGGAUGUUGUUGCAAGUUCAGAGGUUCCAGCUAGUUUCAAGUGUGUAGUUCGAGUCAUAGCAACUUUACCAUGGCAGGCUGCGGACUUCCUCUUUCCUGCUGGGAUUGACAGAAUUAGGCUGACUCUGGAGGACUCGACCGCUAGAAUUCAUGCUUUUUUGUAUGCAGAAGAUGGGGUGAAAUUUUUCGAUGGCCAGUCCUCUGUCGAGGAACUGGAGAUCAAACGCAAUGCCUUGUUAGGAGUGAGAGUAAAUAACGAUGGGGUGCAAGAUGACACUCGUAGAAAUCCCCCUUGGGUACAAGUUUGGCUAAAAUCUGAAACCGACCAACAAGGAAAUCUGCACUACCUGGUUUUCGGCACCAAAGUGGUGGCAGCCUGAAAUCAUUAAACCGCUCACGUGGUUGGAGAUCUAUUUUGUAAGUUGUCUGCGGAGCUCAAUGUUCCCAACCAACUCGACUUUGGGAACUUUUGUAUAUGAUGCAGCUCGGAUUAUGUUUUUGUGUAACUAAUUUGUAGGGCUUGAUCGUAGUAACGCUUUGCAAGAUGAAGAUCCGAAGGCAGCCCGCAAGGUUGAACAUGGUCUCUGCUGCUCGUUCAUAAUCCCUCUCGAUCGGUACCCUUAGAUGGGAAGAAUGAAAAACAAAAUAGUGUGAAGCCGGAGUGACAACAUGUUUCAGCAUGAGCUUCCUGACCAUAGAUAAUACGCAUGCAUCCCAAAUCAGCAAAGCAGCGAGUUCGUUCACCCUGCUCAGACGCCUUUCUGCAUCGGUGCACAAACCGGAUUCUCCUAUGCACAUGCGUCGCUCGCCAUAUUUGUCAAGAAUCCACGCAGCGUUACUCCGCGCUACCUCAUACCCUAACUCGGCCAUCCUUGAAUACAAGGAAAAUGCCCGCCCUGCCCAUGUCCCCUUUUAACUAUGAUUCUAUUAAAAGUACAUUCGUGGUUCAAUAAAUAAUAAAAUCGUUUUCAAUUGUCUUA